UAAAAUAACUAAGUAAGGAAAGAAAAUUCUAAAGUAUCACAAUUGUAACUGUGCAUAAUUUGCAAAUUUUAGUACCCAAUGAUUCCUAAAUUGUAUCCAUGAAAUGUCAAAAAAUUGACACAAAUGACGUAAAACUCAAGACUCGACUGUCUGACUGACGCACUUCUAUCACUUUACGCCUGAUAUGUAAUUAUAUUACCUAUUUCCAAUUCAAUGAAAUUUUGAAGUAUCAAAUACAAUACUAAAUCAGAAACACUUCUAUUCUAAAAAAUAUAUUAUUAAAAACAGUACUUUUUAUACUUAAUCAUUAAUUUUCUUUAACAGCUUUAUAAAGUAAAAUGAUUUUAAUGGACAUGUACGAAGCGGCCAGCUGGUGGACGUUAUUAAUUGCACUCCAAGUGGUGCUUGGUUCGAUGUACUUUUUAUGGUCGAAGAAAAAAUCGAAAUCCUACGAUCCUCUAUGCAACGGAAGACCUGUGGAAUGGAGUCCACAACCAUUAAUAGAGCAAGAUAUUUCUCUGGAGAACCCACCGUUGAUGGGAAAAAUUGACGAUAAAGUAUUGAAUGUUGGUGCUACUAGUUUCCUUUGCUUUCAUAAAGAAGAAUCUAUAAUAGAAAGUUCAUUGAAGGCCUUGGAUAAAUACGGCGUAGGUUCUUGUGGGCCGAGAGGAUUUUACGGUACAAUUGAUGUCCAUUUAGAAUUAGAGGAGCGCUUGGCCAAGUUUUUAGAGGUGGAGGAAACAGCAGUGUAUUCCUAUGGGUUUUCAACCAUAUCAAGUGCAAUACCCUCUUAUGCCAAGCGUGGAGAUAUUAUAUUUGCUGAUGAAAGUGUUUGGUUUGCAAUCCAAAAAGGAAUUGAUGCUGCCCGCAGCACGGUACAAUAUUUCAAUCAUAAUGAUAUGGACCAUCUUGAAGAACUGUUAUCAGAGGCUCUCAAGAAAAAAGAACUGAACCCUCGGAGGCGAGCGUUUGUCAUUGCCGAAGCUAUAUAUAUGAAUACAGGGGAAAUGUGUCCCCUGAAGAGACUGGUGGAAUUAGCACGGAGGUAUAAGUUGAGGAUUAUGCUGGAUGAAAGUUUAUCCAUUGGUGUAUUAGGUAAACAUGGUAGAGGCAUAACGGAGCAUCUCAACAUACCGAGAGAUGAGAUAGAUCUAAUUAUGGGCUCGUUGGAGCAUUCGUUUGCGACGAUUGGUGGUUUCUGUGCUGGCACACACUUCAUUGUUGAACACCAGAGACUUUCCGGCUUGGGUUAUUGCUUCAGUGCAUCGCUGCCGCCCAUGUUGACGCAGGCCGCCAUCGCCGCGCUCGACGUGUUGGAGGAGAAUCCGGCCAUAGUUAACGAACUUGACGCCAGCUCUAGGAAACUGAACCAGGCUCUAUCAAAUUUGAAGCACUACAGAGUCAGAGGCGACGAGGUUUCCCCAAUCAAGCACGUAUAUCUAAAAGGUGACCUGACAGAUCGUUUGAAGCAAUCCUACCUUCGAUCAAUCUGCAAUUAUUGCCUCGAAAAAGGAGUGGCUUUGACCCCUGCUGCUUACCUCAGAGACGUUGAAAGGAACUGCCCGGAACCUUCCAUCAGGCUCGCCUCAAGUAGGAAGCUGAAUGACGACAACAUAUCACUAAUAUGUACGUUAUUAGACGAGGCAUAUGAGAAGGUAGGACCUAAACCUGACUUGAGACUACUGUAAUAAGUACAAACAUGUAUUGUUCAAGUUUUUCAUAUAUUUGUAAUGUUAUAAAAAUUGAUAUCAGCUCGUAAUAUUUGAUAGGCUUAUUUAUACGUUUGUAAGUACAUAUGUCACUAUAAAAGCCUGUACAUUAGUAAGACUUAAAAUUUACAAACAUGAUUUGGUAAAUGUAAGAAAUUUUAUAUAAAAAAAAAAAGAUGACUUUUGGGUUUUCACCAAACCUAAGCUUACCUUUAUCAACAUGGGCCAGCUGAUCUACAUCACCUAUCAUCCUUCAACGUGGAACUUUUUUAUUUUCACCAAUUAAAAAUAACCUGUUUUUCUGACCAUGAGUACAAAGUGCAAGUUCGAAAUGUACUGUGAUACUUGUUAUUCACAUCAGAGUCGUGGUUACUCUUAAAAAAUAGACAUAAUAUUUAGAAAUGUUUAGUAUAAUGGUGCCCAUAAAGUCAGUUAAGUAAUAGGUCAGGAACUAUCUGACCACUAGCAUUUGGUUCGGUGAAAACCCGAAAAUUAUACUUUUUUUUUUUAAUUCCUCACAUUUACCAACUCGUGUUGGCAAAUACUAAAAUUUUACUAUUAAUGUUCGAAUUUUUGCAGUAAUGUAGUACCUAAUCAUAUAUAAUACAUGUUUUAUAAAUGAAAAACAUAUCAAGCAUUAUUAUAUUAAAUUUUACAUUAAAAAAAGCUUAUAAGUAAAUACCGUACCAGUGAAGCCUCGCCUCCAGUUAUUUUUACUUGUUUUAUUAGUUUUUUAUCAUUGUGAACACGCUUUUAAGAUAUAUCCUCGAAUUAAACAUUUUAAUAGCAUAUUACAUCUAAUGUUAUUCUUAAAACUUGUUUAUCUAAUAUAAGUGUAUUUACUGUAGUUUAAUUUUUUUUUUUAAUAUACUUUUUUGGAACUAAUAUUUUUAAUCAAGUAUUCAACGUUGCAUUUAUUUAUUUAUAAUAUUAAAAUAAGUUGUAUUAAUCAUUUUGCUUGUAAUCUUUUCCCUACAUUUGACACAAAUUGUAAACAUCUUUGCACGUAUUUUUUUUAUUGACUUUAAUCCUUUAAAAUAAAAAAAAGGCUAAAGAAAUAAUAUUAACAUAUAAUUUAAAGUUUAUUUUUAACCAACUUUAAAAAGAUAGGGGUUUUUAAAUUCGAUUGUAUUUUUUUUAUAUUUAUUACCCCAUCAGUUAUAUACGCAUUUGGAAAAUUAUUUUUUUAUCCUGAAGCAUGUACUUAUAAUUAUUAAUUAUGAUUAAUCCCACAAUUUAGUCAAAAUUGGUACAGUAAUUUAGUUUAUAGAUAAAAAUAACUGAUUUUGUCAGAAUAGAACUCGGUUUUUUUUUUUAUACAACUUAAAAUAGCAAACAAGCUGACGACCCACCUGAUGGAAAGUGCUAACCGUCGCCUAUAGACAUGAGCAGUACCAUGCACAUAACAGAGUCGGUUGUUUCUUUAUGGGACACAAUCUUUCAUUAUUUCUACGACAGUCGGUUCGAAACACUACAUGGUUGCAUUCAACAUUGUUGUAUAAAACAUACUCUUGGCAGAAUCAAAAUGCCAGUAUAAAUAUUAGUUCCUUAAGCUAUAUAUAUAUAUAUAUAUAUAUAUAUAUAUAUAUAUAUAUAUAUAUAUAUAUAUAUAUAUAUAUAUAUAUAUAUAUAUAUAUAUAUAUAUAUAUAUAUAUAUAUAUAUAUAUUUAUAAAUUAAUAUAAGACAGUACUCCAUUUAUUUAUUAUUAUUUUUGUCAUAAGUAAUUAUUAUUAAUUAUAUUAAUAUAAAUGUAAAAUAUUUUUGUAUGCUUUUGUCACAUGAUCACGAUUGAACAACUUGACUUACUGUUUUUAUUUAUUUACUUCAUUUUCUACACACAGAUACGUUGGGAAAGAUUCUGAGGCAUUAUUUCUCUAAACAUCUCUGUUAAACUAAUUUAUUAAUAAUUUUGUGAAAUUAUUGUUUUAUAAACCAUUAUAAGUUAAAAUUAUAAUAGUUUUGACUCAAAUCUGUUAGAACAUUAAUUCAUAUUGAUUCGUACAAUAAAGAUUUCUCUAUAUUGUCAAAUUGAAAUUCUAAAGAAAGCUUUAGAGAAAUGGUGCCUCAGAAUCGAGCCCAUUGGCCUAUUUAAGAUUAUAUCUAGGACCUGACACCUUAAAAAAAGUAUAUAUGUGGUCUCAGACAUAGUUUUGUUUGAUUUAUUGACACUGGAGGAGAGUGGGCAUGCCCACCUCCUCAUCUCCUCUAAAUACACAUAUGCAUAGACCACAUGCUAUUAUGUCUUAAAUAACUUAUCGACGCGGGCAAAGCCGCGGACUAUAAUGUAGUGUGCUCAUGUGGUAUAGUUACAUGUUCUCGUAAAAAUCUGUUAUUAUUCAGACAAAUAAUUAAUUAAUUAAAAUAAUUACAUUUCUGUUUUGCUUAUUUUUAAUGUGAUCAAUGAAGAAUAAAUAAAUAAAUAAAUAAAAAUUAAUUAUUUAAUUACUUUAUAACCUAAUGCAUUAAUAAACAAUUGGGGAAAUUAUUGCUUAAUUAAAUAAUGUACGUGACUGUGCCUAGUACACACAUAUGUAUGUUUUAAUGCGAAUAUUUCUAUAGUACAGUUAAUUUUAAUUAUUAAAAUUAAUUAAAAUUAAAAGUCAUAAUAUUAUUUAGUGUUUAAUUAAGGUGCUAGUUGCAGGGAAGUGUUCAUUUAAUACAUAUUGUUACUAUUACUAUUGCAGUAUUCUGUAUUUUAAUCAAUAAAUUCAUAUAAUUUAUGAGGA